AUGGAUAAUCAGCAACACGACCGCUACGCCAGUAGCUACAACAGCCAAAACGCCCAGCCUUACUCGGGCAACGUCUCCUCCAACGUCACGCCUCCCCGCUCAGGAUCUCCAAACACGGAAGGCGGCCGCAAUCCCUUUGAUGCUACAGAACCUACCGCCAACCAGCGACUGGCCACCGCGACUGGCACAAAUCCAUUUGUUAGCCCUGCUGUCUCGCGACCUGCCUCGAGCUUUGGCUCGUCCAGCGCACUUGGACCGCGCUUUGAAGAGCGCGCCCAGCGCUUCUUUCACUCACGUCGAGUCGCCAAGGGCGAGGUUGAGAAGCCCUGGCUGCAGAAAAAGGACAAAAAGGAGAAAUGGGUCACCAUUAUCCCCGUCAUUGGUAUCCUUAUCGGUCUCGGCAUCUCUGGCUUCCUAGUGUGGGAUGGUCUUCGUAGUGUUGUUCACCACAAGUACUGCCCACUCAUGGAUGAGAGCUUUGGCAAUGGCCUUGACAGCAAUGUCUGGACCAAAGAGGUCCAAGUCGGAGGAUUCGGUAACGGCGAAUUUGAGAUGACCACUGGCGGCGACGAAAAUGUCUACGUCGACGGUGGCAACCUCGUCAUCAAGGCCACCCUCCAGGACGCCGACAAGAUGGAAAAGGAUACCACCAUCGAUCUAUUAAAGGAUGGCACCUGCACCUCGACCAACUUUUACGACUGCGUUGCUGUUACCAACACCACUGCUGGCAAUUCGAGUGUUGUCCCACCCGUCAAGUCGGGCCGCAUCCACACCAAGAAGGGCGCCACUCUCAAGUAUGGCCGCGUCGAGGUUACCGCCAAGCUUCCCGUCGGUGACUGGCUGUGGCCUGCCAUCUGGAUGAUGCCUGUAAAGGAUACUUACGGACCCUGGCCUGCAUCAGGCGAAAUCGAUAUUAUGGAGUCGCGCGGCAACAAUUGGACCUACGCGCAGGGUGGCAACAACAUUGUCUCGUCAGCCCUACACUGGGGUCCCGACCCCGCCAACGACGCCUGGUGGAAGACGAACAACAAGCACAAAAUUCUGCGUGGCACCUUUGGUGACGACUACAACACAUUUGGCCUCGAGUGGUCACAAAAGUACAUCUUUACAUAUGUCAACACGCGCCUGAUGCAGGUGCUCUAUACCAACUUCAACAAGCCCAUGUGGCAGCGCGGCGCUUUCCCCCAGACCACGAGCAACGGCACCCGCCUGGCAGACGUCUGGAGCCAGACGGGGCGCAAGAACACGCCGUUUGACCAGGACUUUUAUCUCAUCAUCAACCUUGCCGUCGGCGGCACCAACGGCUGGUUUGAGGACAACAAGUCGCUCAAGCCGUGGGUCAAUGGCUCUCCCAACGCCAAGAAGGACUUUUGGACAGCGCGCGAGGACUGGCAAGCCACGUGGAAGCAGCCUCAGAUGGAAAUUAAGCGUGUGGUGAUGCAGAAGCAGUGCGACGGUGACGAGGAGCUGUAG